AUGCCUUUCCUCCUGGGUCUCAGACAGGACAAGGAAACCUGCAUGGGUGUCAACAAUCAAAGUUACAUAUGUGAAACGGGCCACUGUUGUGGACAAUCCCAGUGUUGCAACUACUACUAUGAACUCUGGUGGUUUUGGCUGGUGUGGACCAUCAUCAUCAUCCUCAGUUGCUGCUGUGUUUGCCAUCACCGACGCACCAAGCAUCGUCUCCAGGCCCAGCAGCGGCAGCACGAGAUCAAUCUGAUCGCGUACCGGGAAGCCCAUAACUAUUCAGCCCUGCCGUUUUAUUUCCGGUUUUUGCCAAAUUAUUUACUACCUCCCUAUGAGGAAGUGGUGAACCGACCGCCGACACCCCCCCCACCGUACAGUGCCUUACACCAGCAGUGCGUCCCAGCAGGCAGCAGGAGCACAAUCCCCGACACGCCAGGGGCCCCUGGCCUUGGGGACCCCGAGCCCACCACCACCACGCUGAUCGAGCGAGCAGUUACCAAAAUGCAAAACGUCGAGCCCUGUGGUACCAGCACGGGAGCCGAGCUGGUGGAGAGGGCCAGUCCCGAUAAGGAUACGGAGUGCAAGGAGGAACUGCUAAAAGGUUAUAGCUCUGAGAGCUUAGAACAGAGCAGCGCCAUUCCCGACGCGAAGGACAAGACGCCGGGCAGGCAACGCCGUUUCACCGGCGACUCGGGCCUCGAAGUCUGUGUAUGCAACCGGGGCCAUCACGACGAUGACCUCAAGGAGUUUGACGGGCUCAUCGACGAUGCUCUGGACGGGCCCCUGGACUUCUGCGACAGCUGCAGCGGCCGCCCCCACGGGGACGAGGAGGAAGGGCUUUUCAGUGCCACGGAAGAGCAGCACCGCGAACACAGCCACCACCACCUGCCCCGGCAGCCGGUGUGUGUGCUCUUGAACACAAUAAACGAGCAGGACUCUCCAAACUCUUGUACCAAUAGCUCCCCCAGCUAAAGUGGCUGAGCGGAAAGGAGAAUCGGGGAGAAAAAAAUCAAAGAAGAAAAAGUGGAAUAAGAGGAUUAAAACUUUAACAGGAGGAAAAGGUGAUACAACCUUUUUUAGUUUAUUUUUCUUUCUCCCCAUCCAAUAUAAUUUGGGGACUAGUCCUCGAAGGCCCGGUGUGUGGGGGACGGGUCACUCUGGGUAUUGUUAAUCGUGUCCGUCCUGCUCUGUGGGGCAGGGACUGGUGUUUCUCGGUGAGAGCUUGUAACAAAUGGAAUUUUCCCAAUGGUAAUUUUGGUGAUGGUUAUUAGGAGUUUGCUGGUUUUAGUUUUCUGAAACACUGCUUUAUCUCGCAAUCAGUAAAGCUCAGCAAAUCUCACCCUGGGAGGAUACGAAAUCUCUGUAAGGCUUCAACCUCCAGGUGUCUUCCCAGAAGCAAGCAGCUUCUGACAGUGCCGGCAGUCAGUAGCCCAAGAGUUCUGGUUUGAUAUAGUGCUCUUGAGGCAUUGGGGAUUUCUUCUCAUCUUAGCUGCUUUUUCUUUUUUCUUUUUUUUUUUUUUUUGUGUAACUUAAGCUGAUGAAUGCCUGAACACAUCAGCUCUAUAAUCUCUGGUGCUUCAGUGUUUAAGACAGCAGGUAGGAAAUUUCCCACUUGAAGCUGGUGACUGAAGGACCAGUUUCUUCCAG